UUGUCGUUUCGUACACCUUGAUUAUAUAUGCAUUAGGUUUAUCCGGUGAUAAUAUUGUAUGAAAUGAGAUUGUUUUGUUCACUUCAGUUGCUUUAGAAUACAUAUGAAAAAUGUGGUUUUAUUGUUCUACCUAGACAGAAACGAACAAUAAAAAUACAAACUGUUCACCCUACGGGUAUCAAUAUAUAAUUAUCGAUGUACGAAGCGCUUAAAUAAUUAAUAUUUUCCUAGAUUAUUGGCAUAACUCAACUGCAUCUUUUUAUACUAUGAAUACGGGACGUGAUACCUACGCAGAAUCUACAACGUUCCAAUCUACGAUCGCGUAUUUAUAUAAUGUGGUUGUAGAUUUGUAGGUACAAUACAAUUUUAUUUACUUCAUCCUAACAAUUUGAUAUCACUGGUACUGUACAGCACAUUUGGAAAAUGUUGGGUGUUUAAAAGCGACUCUAAAUUGUUAAAGACAAUAACAAGAAUACUUGGAAAUAAAUGCGGAAGGCAGAGCAUUUUAGUUGACCAGAAUAUUUUGGAAAGGAAUGGCACUUAAGCUAUUUUGACAUUAUGGGAACUUAAUUCUCAAAUGUCAAAGUUCGUUCUGUUUGUGAGAGAUGGCGAAACCGUUUUGGAUUUUAAUUAAAAUGCAGCGAUAGUAAUUGUGCAAGUGAAUGAAACGUACAUAUUUUUGGAUCUGGGUAAUCAACUCCGUAGUAUGAAGUAGUGUUUUAUUGAAGAUUUCUUUGAAAAUGCUUAUUAAAGAAUACAGAAUACCGCUACCACUCACGGUUGAAGAAUACAGAAUAGCACAACUUUAUAUGAUUGCAAAGAAAAGUAGGGAAGAAAGCUCUGGUGAAGGAAGUGGUGUAGAAAUUUUAGUCAACGAACCAUAUGAAGAUGGGCCAGGUGGCAAAGGUCAGUACACUCAAAAAAUAUACCAUGUUGGUAGCCAUUUACCAGGUUGGUUUAAGAGUCUCCUCCCAAAAUCUGCAUUAACAGUAUCUGAGGAAGCUUGGAAUGCUUAUCCUUACACAAAAACUAGGUACACAUGUCCAUUUGUUGAAAAAUUUUCACUGGAAAUUGAAACUUACUAUUAUGCUGACAAUGGCCACCAAGAAAAUGUAUUUGACCUUUCUGGGAGUGACUUAAAGAACAGAAUAGUUGAUGUUAUUGAUGUUGUUAAAGAUCAACUGUAUGGUACUGAUUACAUAAAGGAAGAGGAUCCAAAAUUAUUUAUUUCACAGAAGUGUAAUCGAGGUCCUUUGUCUGAUAACUGGUUAGAAGAGUAUUGGACAGAGGUACAAGGACAGCCUCAGCCAUUAGCUAAUGGAAAAUCUCUCAUGUGUGCCUAUAAAUUAUGUAGAGUAGAAUUCAGGUAUUGGGGCAUGCAAACAAAAUUGGAAAAAUUUAUUCAUGAUGUUGCAUUAAGGAAAACUAUGUUGCGAGCUCAUAGACAAGCCUGGGCUUGGCAAGAUGAAUGGCAUGGUCUAACAAUGGAUGAUAUUAGAGAAAUUGAAAGACAGACCCAAUUGGCUCUACAGAAAAAAAUGUGUGGUGAUUCACAGGGUGAGGAACAAGAUGUAUCAGAUGAAAAUUCUAAAUCCCUUGCAGCUACAAUGAGUAGCUUAGAAAAAAAUGAAGAAUUGACAACCCCUUUGACAAACAAGAAAAAUCAUAAUGAAAAACGCCUUCAAAAACAUUUAAGUCCAGAGAUUACUCCUCCUUCAGAUCGUAAAUCAACAUCAAAGUCGAAUCUCAGAUCUUCAUCCUCUGGCUCAAUAAAAAGUUUGCAGGCUCAAGCUGCAAACUGGCGAAUGGAAACACUUGUCAGAGAAUCAGAAACAGAAACGGGGUCAGAAGAUGAAUUUUAUGAUUGUGAAUCUUCUUUUAACAAAUGGUCUUCUAUGUGCUCUCUUGAUGAAGCUGAUAUUGAUAUUUCACCCAUUCAAGGUGAUCUAGGAACUCAAGAUAGCAUUUUUAAUCCUUCUUUCUUAAAACGUGUUACUUCUGAGAGAGGAUCUCGGAGAGUAGUAACUUUACAAAGCCACCACAGUGUUGAUGGAUGUCCUGACACACCAGAACAUGGCUCAUGCGCUACUACCGUAUUGAUACUAGUAUUUCAUGCAGGAAGUGUACUAGACGCAAAUGUUGACAUGACAGCUAAAAAAUCUGAUGUUACUACCUUUAAAGGAGCUUUUGAAUCAGUAAUGCGACAACAUUAUCCAACUUUAGUUGGACAUGUUAUUAUAAAAUUAGUAUCUUGUCCUUCCAUAUGCACUGAAUCACUUGGAAUAUUAUCAACAUUAAGCCCUUAUAGUUUUGAUUGUUCUCCAUCUACUGUUGAAACACCAUCACUAACUAAUGAUCUUAUACCUAUUGGUGCUAUACCUCUAAUAGCCACAACUUGUCCCGAAUAUCAUGAGUCUGUUACAAAAACCAUUAACUCAGCUAAUGCUGUAUUUAACGAGUUUAUUAAAUCUGAGGAUGGAAAAGGUUUCAAUGGUCAAGUUUGUAUUGUGGGCGAUAGUAUGGGGUCUGUGCUGGCUUACGACGCACUUGUUAGAAGUUUCCAGUAUAACUCACGACACGAUAGCGAAAAUAGUAUAUUAGAUACUGAAAUUACGAUUCCAAAUGAUCCCUUAGAUCAACAAUAUCUAAACAAAUCUCAUUUACAAGCGCCUACGCCGCGAAGGCGAUCGUCUUCUACCAGCGAAAAUCAAAUAAAAUUCGAAUUCGAAGUCAGUGAUUUUUUUACUUUUGGUAGUCCAUUAUCAUUGAUUUUAGCUUCUAGGAAAGUAUCAGAUGACAGAAGUCGAGAUAUUACAAAACCACCGGUUCAGCAGGUUUACAAUUUAUUUCACCCAACUGAUCCAGUUGCUUCAAGAUUAGAACCAUUACUAUCAGCAAGAUUCACAAAUUUGCCCCCCAUAAAUGUUGCUAGAUAUACGAAGUAUCCAUUAGGAAAUGGUCAGCCUUAUCAUUUGAUGGAAUUAAUACAAAGUCAUCCUCAAUUGUUUGGUGACCAUUUACAAAUGCCACCUACACCAAUUUUACGUAGACUCUCUGAAGCGUCUGUACAAAGCACAGUUAGUGGUUUAGUUGAUAAUAUUCCUUUGUUAACUAUGAAUGCUUUACAGCAGAAAUGGUGGGGUUCUAAACGCUUAGAUUACGCCUUAUAUUGUCCUGAAGGCUUAACCAACUUCCCCACGAAUGCUCUUCCUCAUCUAUUUCAUGCAAGUUACUGGGAAAGUUACGACGUUAUAGCUUUCAUAUUACGACAGAUCGGUCAUUUUGAUUUAGCUUUGUAUGGACAUUCAGAUGAUAAGGACUGCUCUAUGUUUAAACCAGGCCAAGAAAGAGAAAAAUGGAUGAGAAAGAGAACAUCAGUUAAAUUAAAAAAUGUCGCCGCAAAUCAUAGAGCCAAUGAUGUAAUAGUGAAAGAAGGUUCUUCGCAAGUUUUCGUUGCUCGUUUUAUGUAUGGACCUUUGGACAUGAUAACUCUAACAGGAGAAAAGGUUGAUAUAUAUAUGAUGAAAGACCCACCAGCAGGUGAAUGGACACUUUUAUCAACUGUCGUGACAGAUAAAACGGGAAGAAUCUCUUAUACAUUACCGGAGCGUCAAAGUGUUGGUUGUGGUAUUUAUCCUGUCAAAGCGGUUGUUAGAGGUGAUCACACUAGUUGUAAUUUUCACUUAGCUGUUGUUCCACCUCAAACCGAAUGCGUUGUUUUUAGUAUUGACGGUUCUUUUACCGCUAGCGUUUCUGUAACUGGACGCGACCCAAAAGUAAGAGCUGGUGCAGUUGAUGUUGUUCGUUUUUGGCAAGAUUUGGGCUAUCUCAUUCUGUAUAUUACUGGUAGACCUGAUAUGCAACAAAGGAAAGUAAUAUCCUGGUUAGCAGAACACAACUUCCCCCAUGGCUUAGUCUUUUUCUCGGACGGAUUUUCAACAGACCCCUUGGGACAUAAGGCCGCACAUUUGAACGGACUUAUUAACGAUCAUGGCAUAAUUCUACAUGCUGCGUACGGUUCGGGAAAAGACAUAACGGUCUAUAACAAUUGUGGUUUGUCUCCUAGACAAAUUUAUGCCAUUGGUCGCAUUGGCAAGAAAUACAGCAACAUGGCUACUACUUUAAGUGAUGGAUACGCUUCACAUUUGGCAGAUUUGAAACAGCCUGGGGCAAUUCGCCCUGCUAGAGGUAAUGCCCGUCUUCUCGUCCCUCGUCGAUUGUUAGCUCCGGUUACAAAUGCACCUGCUUCCCGUGGUCGCCGUUAGAAACUUUAACAAUAAAGAUCGAAAAGUCGAAGGGAAUCUUUAACACUUAUUCUUGGUGAGGUAGAAUGUGAUAGGUAAUAAUAUUUAUUGCUUAAGAUACUUUGAUAAACGGGCGUGGUGAAUUCGUAAUUCAAGGUUUUAACAGAUAUUAUUUAUGAAUAUUAAAGAGUAUUAUGACCUGACCUUAAUCCGCUUUAAGGAUUGCCGUGAAAGUGAUUUGAUCUAUCUAAGUACUUACACCUGUUGUAUUAUCCAAUUAAUCGAUUAUAUCAUAAUUUAACUGUUAUAUUAAACAGUUUUUAAUAAUGAUAACAUAUAAUAAUAAUUCCACAAUUGUUAUAUGUUUAUUUAAAAUAAAAGGUAACUAAACACAAAAAUAAUAGUUAUGGAGGGAACAUAAUCUCAAAAUCUACUCUACUAAAAUUUUUACAAAAAUAUCUAUAUCUAACAAUAUUCUAGUCAAAAUGAGCGUCAGGCGCUUAUUAAUUAUAAACGUUGUUUAUCUUAAUAAUAUUGAUAAGCUAAGUAUGUAGUAUGCAUUUAGAUGCUCUUAAUUUCAUAAGAAACACUAUUCACAUUAUUUUUCAAUUAGCAGUUCAUUAGGAUGAAUUGAAAAAUGUUUAUUCUGAAGUGCAUUUUACAUACAACAUGGUCACGCUAUUUUGUCAUUUGCGACAUGAUACUAUUGUUGUUAAUAUAUACGUUAAAGUGGCCCAUUUUUAAGGUCAAAUCAAAAUCAUGCUAUAAUCAUUAUAAUAUAUUCAAAAACGAUGACCUGAAUGAUAUUUAUUUAUUAACUUAGCUUUUUAUUUAUUUAUGGUAGCAGCACUAGUUAAAAUAAACUUAUUAAAAUGUAUGACGAGAACAAAAAACUUAAAUUACAUACCGUAUUAUGUAUUUAUAAAGCUAUUUCUACUUUAUUAUCAACACAUUAACUUUUAAAUAAAUAUUUUAAUAUGACUUCGCAAAUAAUGUAGGUACAAUUAUUUAAUCUUAAAUUAAGAUUUUGUGACAAUGAAUAGUGCACCGUUUAAUAUGUAUGCAUGUCGUUAUUUAAAGCACUUUCCGAAUUACCAUUUGAGUUGUUCAUUCGUGUUCUGAAUUGUCUCAAAAUUUUACGUAGGACAUAUAAAUUAUGCGUUCUGAAAAUAUUAUUCUGAGCAACGUAUGUAUGUAUUAAGAAGAUACAUUUUUGUAGAAAUUACCGCGGAUCAGUCGAUACUACGUUACUUAUAUUAUUAUGUCUUAAAAAAUGAUUAUAUUAAAUAUAAUUCUGUAUAUUUAUAUAUAAAUACUAUAUAAAAAUUCAACACAAUAUCAUAGUCGAUUGUAAUAAUUUAAACAAAGAUAAAAUGUAGCACCACUUUGGAUCAUACCAUACCUUUAAAAACAGGGAUGACAUAAAAAUUUUAUGAUCCGUGUUGAUAUAAACAGUGGUAGAUUUAAAAUUUACACAUAUAGACUUACUAGAACCCAUUUUUUGCAGUAUAUACAGUGGACCUAAAUAUUAUAUCUGUAUGGAAAUUGUAAAAAUCAUGCUCUUUAAAAAAAUAUAUAAAAAAAGUCUAUCUAAAAAAAGACCCAUUAAGAAAAGAAAUAACUCAACCAACCUAGGUUUGGGAUCACAAUUAAAUCAGCCGUUGGUAGAUGUGUCAUAGAAAAUUCAUAAUACCAUAGAACGGUGAUCUGAUUGUGCCCUAGUUUAUUUCACUCACAAAAUACAAAAGAUAAUAUUUUUAUGUUAAAGUGUUUAUAAUAUUACGGUGACAUGCAGUGGUUAUCUAAUGAAAGAUCUAAUGAAAUGCUGUGCUAUUUUUCACAACUAUGAUACCGAUAGUUUUAAUUACCAUUACCGAUUUUUAUUAUUAUAAAACAAUAAUUGAGACUGUAUAGCGGAAGUUUAUUUAUUUAAAAUUUCUAACAUUGAUACUUGGACGUUAUAGACAAUUUAAAUUUCAGAGUUAUAUUUUCGUUUUAUUUAGUAAAUUGUACUAAAUUCUUUUCAAUGAAACACUGUUUGAUGUUUUAAUAUAAGAAAACAGCAGAAAAUUUUCAUUUGGCUAGUCCAAGUCUCUCCUGAAUAAUUUUAUAACUUAAUGAGUAAGUACAUGUUAGCAUUGUGGCAUUGUUAAAAUCUUCUCAAUGCUUGUAAGUCGCUGAACGAUUUCUUAUUAUGACUCUAAAUUGCGUAAGGAAUUUAACAUAAGUCGAAAAUAUAAAUACAAAAAAAGAACACUCCGCGUUCUUUAUUCCAUAGUAUAGAACUUGAAACAUUAUUUGUCUUUAAUUACGUGACCUCCACUAAAUGUAUAGUCAUACCAUAAUCGCAUAUUUUACGUCACAAAAUAUGUACAUAUAUAAAUAUAGCGUUCAACAUUCCCAUAGAGAAAAAUGACUGCUUUGUUUGAUUUAAGACACGCGGAUUUGGUUGGUUUUUUACCGUCUUAAAUGGGCGGCUCAUGGUUUAUCUGUUCCCGCCGCGUGUUUACUGAUAAUCGCUGAAUGAGAGCGUGCAGACAUGAUGAUGUAUCUUAAUUUCCUACCCGUAAAACAGACACGGGACUUUUUCACAGCGUAUAUAGUUCCGUAAUAAAAUACAAAUUGAUGAAAUUAACGAAUUUGCCAAUUAAAUUUAGAAUAUUUUAAAACACUUUUAAUUAAACCUUUUCAUUUUAAAAUAGAACAUAAUUUAUUAUCGUAUUGUAUAAGAAAUCAUAAAAAAAAAUAUAAUUAUAAUAUGUGCUGGUAGAAAAUUCUAUCAAGGUUUUAGAGAAACAAUUAUAUAACGCCUAGUAAUCGUUUCAUUGAAGAUGUAGUCUUAUUAAAUAAUAUUAUAACUUGUUAGAAAAGCGCCUUCAUAGCGCGCCUGUUUUGUGCGGCUUCAGGCUAGGUCGGCUGUUUAAAUUUAGCUCGCCGUGUGUCUGCGUAAAUCUGAAGCCCUGAGCUUCUGCCGGUUUUACGUGUUCUGAUAUAUCCAUUGUGUUUAUAAACAGAAGAGCUAUUAAUUCGUUGUGUAAACAAUGUAUUGACGUGCUUUAAAGCGAAAAUCUGUUGUAACGGCUUCAUUUUGAUCGCCUCGUUGACCUAGUAGCGAGUGAACUAGAGUAAUUCAGAGGUUUGAGUUGAAUCCCUGGGCACUCUUGAGUUUCGAUGCGCUAAUAUUGACACUGUAUGUGUAUGUUUUAGCGCACGUCGAUAUGUAACAGGGAAGCGAAUCCUAGCUUGAGGCUCUUGAAUGAUAGUGAAAAGUUUAUAUACUACCACGUUAGUCACAAUUUAUAUGCAAGUUGUGAGUGGGAAAUCGUUGAAUAGUUUGAUAGGUCGCGCUUUUGUUCCCAAAAUUGUCGAUACCAUGAACAGCGAUUAUUAUAAGCUAUCAGGCAAAUCGUUGGCUCAUCUGUUUUCCAUGACUUAAAAUUAAAAAGGAACUCGUUUGAAUUCAGUCACUAAUAUUUCACGGAAUGUUAUAAUGUUGUACUAUUAUAACCUACAAAAGUGUUAUUUUCAUAGUAGGCAGGACACAGUAUUAUUUAGUUAGAAGACAUUAGUAGAGAGCAUAUACACUUUAAUCAAAUUAUCAAGAAUUUCACUCCAAUGUUUUAGCGUGGCAGUAUAAUAUGUGAUAAAAAAUAUUUUUAUAAAAUAUGUAAUAAUUUUAAUUGAAACUUGAAAUUCGUAGAUAUUUCAGAUUUACCUUUUCUUACUGCUUUCCUCUGAGGGUAUAGUCGAAGUGGUAAUGGUAUUAAUGUAAUGAAAUUAUUAAUGUGUGUACUUACUAUAUUUCCAUGAUAUCCAUUAUAUUUUUCAAUAAACCUAUAAUUUAAUUAAUUUAAUUCUUCUUCCUAGUCGGAUACUUUGGCAGAGUAGUCGUGGCUAUUAAAAUGUUAAAAAUUUAUCUAGAUUCUACGUCUAUUGUACAAUCGUUUUUAUACGAUUAUUGGGAUUAAUCAUUGCGCAACUAAAAUAAAUAGAGUGCCUAAAUCAAUUUAAAAAAUAAGCCCUAUAGAUGUGUUAUAAUAUAGAAUUCGACUGUAUGUAUGAUACAUUUUAACAUUAUCUUCUCACUUAUAUGAAAAUAAAUAUUUAAAACGCGCUCAUAACGUCAAAUUUAUGGCAAACUGUAAGCUUGACGUAUGAAUACAAUGUUUUAGAUGAAAGUCUGAAUUCAAUAUAUAAAUCGCAAGCGUUUUAUUGUCCAAAGUUACAUACCUAACCCAUUAUUGAGUAAUUAACUUUAAUAAUUCGUAAAACAUCUUUCUCGUGCAAGAAGAGAAUAUUAAGCAGUUUUUUUUUUCUUCAAAGUAUUGCAAUGUUCUUAAAUACAAUUGAAAUGCAAGUCCGCCUUAAUAACGUUUUGAUUUUUCAAUAUUUUCAUAAUAUUGUUUUCUAAUUUAACAUUAAUUGUUACGUAGUGCCACACAACCAAAUAUACAUUGAUGUAUACAAAUUUAUUUUAAUCUUGAAAAAAUCUGAAAUUAUAUGUAAUUUGUGGCUUUUUUUAUGAUUGAUAAAUUACUGGUGGCCCGGAGGCCUUUCCAGUUUCACCAGGACAUGUGGGCGAGCAAAGGCUCAGCCAGGAAAUUUGUGGCUUGUUUAAUGCAUAGUUAACGUCUGGAUCCACAGAAAUUGACGUAUAAAUCUAUUUUUAACGUUGCACGUGCCACGGGUUUUUUUUCUCAGUAACAAGAAAUUUUAUGUGCGAUAAUCUACAAAAGUACCAAAAAAAAAACGAAGAUAUUAAACACAUUUACGUUAUGUAGGGGAUAUCUCUAUGUUCAUUUUUAACCCGAUAUAAAUUGCUUUCAUGGAAUGUGAGAGACUAAAAUCGAUCAAUAUACUAAGCUCGAGUGACCUGAUUAACUGUUGAAGCGACGAUGCUCUGAACUCGUUAUGAUGCUGCAAAUAACAGCUACACAAUAAUAUAUGCUUUGCAAUUUUAAAUCUCAAUUUUUAUGACCGUGUUCGUAAAUUGUUGCCGUAACGGAAUUAGUAAUUUGGCAAAUACCUCGAUAUCACUGCUAUUGUUUUGGUUACGUGAUAAUUGAUCCUGUUCGUUACGUAAUGUACAUAAAUAAAAUUGAAUAUAAUUUAAUUUAUUCACUCAAUAUAAAUGUUCUCUAUUUUGAUCAAUAUUUAAAUGAAUGUUUAUAGAUGUAAUCCUUGUAUAUGUAUAUUUAAAUAACUUUAGAACAUUUUUUGUCGCGGUAGAGAUAUUCCAUUAAUUUUAUAGUAUUUAAAUGUUUCAUGUUAUUAUAUUAAGAUUGUUAAAAUAAUGUUCUAAGUACUGUCCUAGCUUUGAAAUUCUUUUAUAUCGUAUUACUGUGUAUCUUUCUUUGUCGAAAAUUAAAUUAUUGUUGUUGGCAAAUA